GCGGGCGGGGACCUCGCUCCCGGGCCGCGGGGCUGGAGCUCGUUAAGAGGAGCGGGGCGGCAGCGCGCGUCGCUCGGCGGCUCCGCGGUGCCUGCAUCAUGGCCCUGCGCAGCAGCUUCGCCCGGCUCCUCCGCAGGCAGGCGGGCGCGGGGCUCCAGCUGCCCAAGCAGGCGCACUCCGUGGCGCUGGUGGGAGCCCCGCUCUCCCGGGGGCAGAAGCGGCGGGGAGUGGACCACGGCCCCGCUACUCUCCGCGCCGCGGGGCUGGUGGAGCGGCUGGCCGGGCUCGGAUGCCAAGUGUACGACUUUGGAGAUUUGAAUUUCACUCAAGUUCCCAAUGAUGAACUGUACAACAACCUGAUUUUAUAUCCGCGGUCGGUGGGCUCGGCCAGCCAGGUGCUGGCUGAUGCGGUGAGCAGAGCAGUAGCUGCUGGACACAGCUGUGUGACCAUAGGAGGUGACCACAGCUUGGCACUUGGUUCUGUCAGUGGCCACGCGCGGCAGUGCCCACACCUUGGUGUGAUCUGGGUGGAUGCGCAUGCUGAUAUCAACACCCCGCUCACAACUCAGUCUGGAAACCUCCAUGGACAGCCUCUCUCAUUUCUCUUGAGAGAGCUUCAAGAUAAGGUACCACAACUUCCUGGCUUUUCCUGGCUAAAGCCCUGCCUUUCAGCAUCUGAUAUUGUGUACAUUGGUUUGAGGGAUGUGGAUCCUGCUGAAUACUAUAUUUUGAAGAACUAUGACAUCCAGUAUUUUUCCAUGAGGGAUAUUGAUCGCCUUGGAAUUCAGAAAGUUAUGGAAAGAACAUUUGAACAACUGAUAGGCAGGAGACAGAGACCAAUUCACCUGAGUUUUGACAUUGAUGCGUUUGAUCCCUCACUGGCUCCAGCAACUGGGACUCCUGUUCUAGGUGGCCUGACUUACAGAGAAGGCAUGUACAUCACGGAGGAAAUACACAACACAGGAAUGCUUUCAGCUGUAGACAUGGUUGAAGUCAAUCCACUGCUUGGAGCUUCUCAAGAGGAAGUGAAUGCAACUGCUAGUCUUGCAGUUGACGUGAUAGCAACAUGCUUUGGGCAGACGAGGGAAGGAGCACACACUGCUUUUGAUGAACUCCCAACACCCAGUUCUCCAGACGAAUCUGACAGUGAAGAGCAAGUGAGGAUUUAAGAACCCACAGUGUUGGAUACACAGGACACUACAGAGCUCUGCUGAGGCAUUUGAGUGGGUAGAUUGUCAACACUUGGCAAAUACUGUUUAACUUCUCAAUUUUUAAAUAAACUAGCUUUUCCACUG